GUCUAUAGUGUUAUAACUUGUUGAGUAAAUCUUCGAUAAUAACAAACGGAAUAAGAAGAAUGACAGAAGUGUCGUCAAACUCUUGAUGUCAGAGACGACAGCUGCAAUUGAUAAAUAUUAAUGAUUAUAACAUUCGGUCUUUAGGGAUUUAAGUGAUAAUUACCAACUGUGAGAAAAGCUGAACUAUUGAAUGGCAUAAAAUAACAGUUUAUCAAAGUGGUUUAUAGUUUUGUUUUCAAUACGUUAUUUCAAGUUUUCUUAUAAUUAUUUUAGAUAAAAGAAAUGUCAUCAGUUUUACUCUUUGCUGCAUACUGUUUCAUUUUACAAACAUUGCCAAUUUUAGCAGUGGUUUUACCAGAUGAACAACGACUAGUGGAAGAACUGUUUAAUAAGAACAAAUACGACAAUAGUGUUAGACCUGUAAUAAAUGCUUCACAUAGUGUAGUUGUCAAGUUUGGAUACUCACUCAUACAAAUCAUGGAUAUGGAUGAAGUUAACCAAGUGUUUGUAACAAACGCCUGGCUAGAACAUCGCUGGAAAGACGACAGAAUGCGAUGGAACGAAUCUCACUAUAAUAACCUGAAGGUCUUACGUAUUCCAGCCAGUAAACUAUGGUUACCAGAUAUUGUCUUGUAUAACAAUGCCGAUGACUAUACUAAUGGAUUUAUGCCAAUUAAUGCAAUGGUCCAUCAUGAUGGCUGGGUGUUUUGGUCACCUCCAGUAAGACUAAGAAGUUCAUGUAAAGUCGAUAUUACAUUUUUCCCGUUCGACAGACAGAUCUGCAAAUUAAAAUUUGGUUCUUGGUCGUAUCCUAAACGACAAGUUGAUUUAGUGUCUCUUACAGAUACUGUAGAACUGCAUACAUACACAACAAAUGGAGAAUGGAUAUUAAUAGAAAACAAAAUCGUCCGCAAUGAAAUUAAAUAUCCUAUUGGUGAUGAUCUGUAUCCAGAUGUUACAAUUGAGUUUCUGAUUAGGAGGAGAAUUUUAUAUUAUAUUCUUAACAUUAUUUUCCCAUGUUUCUGGUUGAAUGUUUUAAGUGUUUUGACAUUUUGCCUGCCACCCGAUGCUGGGGAGAAGAUCACUUUGAGUAUCACUGUUUUGUUAUCAUACUCUGUGUUUAUGUUAUUGGUUGCUGAGAGUAUGCCACCUACGUCGGAAUUCGUUCCAUUGAUUGGUAUAUACUUAACCAUGUCAAUGGCAUUAGCAUCGGUUGCAGUAAUUCUGACGGUGUUAGUGAUGAAAUUACAUCACUGCUCUCCCCAACAGAAAAGAGUUCCUAAAUGGGUGAGAAUAAUAGUUUUGGGAAUUCUUGCGAAAAUAGUGCGUUGUAAUUGCAUUACUGGAAUAAAAUCAUUUCAGCGUGAGGUUCAGAUAAAAAAACAAAAAUCAUCACUGAGACAUCAGAUCGAGGACCGAGAUUUCGAAACAAGUACCAAAUUAUUCACCGAUAUCGACACAAAGCAGGUUGUCCACGAGUCCAAUGAAACAUUAAGCGAUCAUGAAUUAUCCGACCAUACACCUAUUACUGGAAAUGGCCUUGAUUAUUUUUCUGAUGUCCGAAAAAGUUUUAACUUAUCUGAACCAGGAUCUUCGUCUGAACCUAAAGAUACCAUUCUUCACAAAACAACAUCCGAAAUUUUGAAAUAUAUGAAAUAUUUAGUGUCUAAAAGUGAUGACAACGAUGUCGAGGAAGACAUUGUUUCGGAAUGGAAACAAGUUGCAUUAGUGGUUGACCGUCUUUUGUUUUGGACUUUUCUUCUAAUUACUAUAUUUUCUACGCUUAUAAUUCUUGUAUUUGUACCGCUCUCCGCAUAUACUGAGUUCAGCGGUUUAUGAAAUUCAAAGUUAAGCAAUAGCAUAAAAAAACAUUAAAGUUCUAAAAAUGAUGAUAGGGUUUUAAGUAUUUUUUUUUCCAUAAAAAUGCAGACCACUUGUACUAGCUAGAAAACUUAACCAGAAGAGAUCAAGUAGAAAUGCCUUUAAAUUCGUAUUUUCAAUCAGUUGCCCUCUUGGAUGAUAUGAAUAUCUUACUAUUUUCUUGUUGUAAUUAAUUCAAGUUCUCAAAGUUACAAUGCUUCCCGUGUUGUUAUCAGGAACACCAUGGCCGAUUAAACAAGACGAAUAGAUUAAUAAUAACCACAAAACUGACAGUUGAUCUAGACAAACUGCAGUGGACACCAGGAUAAUCUAACGUGUACUGAGAAUGGCUUAAUGACUUUGCAAUUGUAACAAUCCUAUCGGUGUGAAAAGUAUGUUAAAAGUAUGACAAAAAUGUCGAACUAAAAUGUAAAUUCGGAAAGGGGAAAUUCAUGAAAAGUGACAGAUUCGGUUAUAUUCAACAAAAUGUUAUGUGCAACCAAUACAGAAAUACUAGGUUAAUGUUACAAUAAUUUGAAUCCAGCAGUCAAAAAUGUUCAGGUAGUAGUGUCAGUAACUUCAAUUCAGUUGACAGCAUAUGAGUGUUAGUAUUAUAGACUACACGUAUUAUUUGGUAGGUAUAAGUUUAUUUUUGCAUUACAGCAGAAUAUAUACUUAAUGUUUUAGUCAAGUUAAAAUAAUACAAUUUUAUUUUUUACUUGCAAAUUUGAAAAAAGAAAGUGCAUUAUAAUUACCCUACAUUACAAUUUAGUU